AUGGUUACGUCCGUACACAAGAGAGGCUUCGACUGUCAACCAUAUCAAGUAAACAUGGCGGCGACCACAAGUGAAACAAACAGCUCACGUUAUCCUUCCGAAAAAUCGGUUAAAGAGGCCUUAGAUAUGUUGAAACCUCCCGGAAUUUUAUCUAAGGUAGGUUUUACUAUAUUUUGUAACGUAAUUGAACACUAUUGUCAUUUUAUUCAACGAAUACUUUCAAUUAGAAUUCUACAAAUCAUUCCACGCGCGUCAGCUUCCAAUCGUUCUCUUUUUUUUUUCAGGCUUACAACCAGUUUCAGCUCAAACGAUACCAGGUAUGUUUUUUCUGUUCUUUGCACUUAGUUUACUUGCUGUGUUCCAUGCUUUAGUAAUGUUAAAUAAUACGUUCUGCUUAGUAAUGUUUCGAUUCCAAUCACAAUAAAGAUUAUAAUUAUAUAGAUUAUGUGCCUAAAGCUUUUAUGAUCCUGCAUUUUCAUUCAGGGCUUUCUUUAAUAAGCUUUAAUUUCGAGGUAAUCUGUCUCUUUUGCUUUAGAUUUCAAGGCUAAAACUACUGGUAUUAUAUUGUAGUAUCUUAAAUUAGAUUUAUUAUGUUUAAAUAAUCUGAAUAUUGCAGGGGUACUUGAACUAGAAAAGCUUAGUUGCUGUGUUAUUACUAAACAUGGUAUCCAACAGCUUAGCUUUUACACUCUAGGAGACGUACCUAAUGUGCCUUGCUGAGCAGCCAGAUUUGAUCAUUCAAUUAGUUUUGUUAUAUUUUUAACAAUGACUUAGACAUGAGCUGCAGUCUCUUAUUUUUCUUGAAAGACAGUGGAGCAUGAUAGCUUAUGAUGCCCACCACAUGGCCAUCGGAGAUGAGAAACAAUGGCAUUAGCCAGAGAAGAUGAAAUAAGGGACCGUACUGGUUUCGUAUAAAAAAUUUUGAGGCAGGCACCUGACCUCUAUGCCACUGUACUUUUAUUUUGUCAAUUCCCAAUGAUUUGGCACUCACAUGUAUUAAUUACUGUUUUGAAAACGAGUUUUGACAAAACUGUUUCUUAAAGCUAUUUGAAAAGGUAUUGGUAAUUAUUCCAAGGAUCAUUCAGUUUAGUUCUCUUAAAGCUAGACAGUCAGGAGUAAGUCAGACCUGAAAUUUUAGGAACUUCAAUUAAUUGGUUCCAGGAAAAAGACACCAAAAAUGUUUGGUAUCUGUAGACUACAAUGCUUUAUAUGUGGCAAAAUUUUAAAAAGGAAAUUCUAAAGCUGAAGUAGAAUAUUCCAGACGGAGGAGAUUAGUUGAAACCCAAACAACCUCUUGUGAGAUGGUGACAGUCGAUAUUAUCUGGAAUAACAUACUGUAGAAAUUAAUUCUACACAAAAUAGAUAUGUGCCUGUGUGCAAGGUAAAAUGAUCCUAAACCACUUUUGAGCUGAAUUGUUUAUAGAAGCCAAGUGUGCAAUUUGCACUCUGGUUGAAGCUGAUAUUUGGGCUAGACUGCAAGCACUCUCUCUUUUUCUUCAGAUUUAGUAGGGGGAGUGCACGCACACUCAAGCCUUGAGCGGCAAAGCCGCAAGACAUGAGAAACGAGGGCAGCAGCCUCUCCUGUCUCGCACCUUCAGUUACCCGUGUGGUCAUUUGCGUGUCUCGGGCGUUUUGCUCGACGGACCAAGAAAAAAGAGAGACUGCUCGUAGUCUGAUUUGGGGCAGCCGAGCCGAACUUUUCUUUGUGUUUGAAUAAUAUGGAUUAUAAAGUUGUCUUUUUCUUUCCUUGAGGGUAACAGAGCAACUCAAAAGAAUGCUACAUAGAAAAUACAUACAGGGUACUAAUUGAAAAAGAGUUUGUUUUUUAGAGGAAUUCAUCCACUAAAUGCUAGAAGUACUCCAUUACAAAUCUCGCUUUGUUAUUCACUGUCGUCCGUGCUAUCCAUUGGCUGACACAUGGUGAAAAUUAGUCAGGUUUUAUUCUACACAAAAAAGGACUUGGUAAUCAGCAGAAACUGCCCUUUAAUAUAAGCAAUAUUUUGUACAUGUAGAUGAAGCAAAAAAAUGUAGUUGUUGUUUUUCUUUUUACCUAAAAAGCCUGCUUGGAAAUUAUUGUUCAUUAUUUUCUGAUUCAAGCGGUAUUUGAUGAUUCAGGGAGGCAACUGGUGCAUAGGUUAUCGGUGACGUGUUAACCCCACCCUCAGGCUUGUUUCUGCCUCUGUUUUGUUAUGCUUUUGAAAUAGCGGCUAAACAAUCUUUGGUAUUUGAGUGCUCAGUACCCUGUACACAGUCUGUAUAACACCUUUUUCAGAUCAUGUUGCAAAACGAACGAUUUAGAGACUUUCGGUGGAAAAAUUCUAUAUGGCUUUGUCUGAUCUCUUAAGAUGCUGCCAAGAUGGAGAGAAAAAAUCGUCACUUAUUCCAGUCUUUGUUUGUUGUUACUUCUCGUAUAAUCUGCACUGCAUCGGUUCAAUUUAGUCCAGGUUACAUUGAAACGGCAACGUCAAAACAACGAAACGUAUCGUGUCUUUACAAAAGAGCAAGACCAGUUUGUUUUGAGUAUAAAUACAUUUUUUUAAUGUAACCAUUGCAUGGCAGAGUAGCGUUAACGAGGUGCUUAUUACAGGGACUGGAAGAGGGAUCCUGAUCCCGCAUUCCCGCUCCGUUUUCGGGACAAUCCCGAAUCCCGAACUUAGAAGUCAAAUCCCUUAUUCUGUCAAGAAAUCGAGUUUGCGUUUACCCGAAUCCCGCACUGUUAAUUCCGGAUCCCGAGAGUACCCUCCUUAAAUUUGUGAAAAGUUAGUCAAGUGAUCAUAUAAAUAACGUGUUAAUUGCCGUACAGUGGUGAAAAUCAUUGUUGCGUAUCAUCCCUGCUUACAAUAAGCUUAUUAAACCUGCAGGUAUUGACUCUUUGUAGUACAAUGCAUGUUGCGUGGCAACGUUUAUUCAUCUUUCAUUUUAAAACAGUUCAAAACCAUUCAAAGCAGCUCAAAACAAACAGAAUCUCGAGUUGACGAAACCUUCUUAACACUCGAGCUUUUUCAAAGUCAAACUGAGUUAACCAAAAUGGGUGACUAUCCAGGCAGCGGAUAUAAAAUGUCAUCCUAUGGUCUUAAAACAUACAACCCUCAAGAAACUGUUGGUCAAUGGACGCAGUGUUGUAAGGUAGUCAGUCAUUUGCGCUUGCUUUGCAUCAUAGAAGUAACCGUAGUCAGACAAGUCAAUUUCGAUCUUGGCUUUCCGGUCUACUUAAGACUUCAGUCUUUGGUGUUGACCUUAGUAGACCCAGUUUGCAGUCGUUUUGCCCAGCCGUGGGAUUUGGUACCACAACCUUACGGUGGACGUUGUCGUGGACAGCCUCGAACUGAGGGCGCUUUCAAAAGGUCAGAACUGGCGGGCCGAACCCUGGCUUUUUUUCAAUUUUUCCCACCAACCCCAUGCAUAUUUGCAUAUUAUUUAGGAAUUUACUGGUCUGGCUGGAUAGUUCUGAUCAAAAAUGAAAUUCUCAUUACGACAGAAAUGGUCUGGCCGGCCAGUUCUGACAUAUGAAAAGUGCUCUAAGACUGCGAGGUUGUUUGCUUUCAGACUUUGUCCACGCAAGUCCGUUUAAGGCCCAGUUCAAAUAUCUCUCAUACAGUCUAUCUCUUUCGCGGUCGCGUUAAAAUUGGGCCUGUCGUCCGCCGGAAUCCUUAUUUACCAAGAAAAACAAUAAGAGAGCCUGGUCUCAGGUUAGCGGGAACAUGUAAGAUUUUCCUCGAAAAUAUUUGCUAAGGCAUUUAAUGGUAUACAUAUCCCAUGCGAUGAUGAUGAGAAUACAUAAGUAUAAUGUCUUGAUUUCCUGUCUCUCAUCAGGAAACCAGGGUAGCGGUGCCGUCUUUAUCUUCAUCAGUGAUCGGCCAUCCUCAACGCAAUCCUCUAGAGUUUCCAGAUCGGCAACACGUCAGAGUAGAGAUUUGCAAGAAAGACUUUCUUAGACUUGGGGGAACUAAUAUUGGAGAUACAGACUGA